ACCUGACUCACAAUCGACCCACUUAGUACUUUCAGUGAUCCAUGAAACCAUAUAGAUAGAGCACGUAGGCAACUUCUUGUCGAUCAGCUCAGACCUUCAAAUAUUAAGAUGCUGACUUCUCGUGCACUGGUGCGGCGGGGGCUGCAGUCUGGAUUCUGGCGGAGGUUGUCGACUUCAUCUGGCGCAUGGGCUAGACACACUCAUGGUGACAAUAAUGUUGAUGUGACUGACUGCACCGUUCCUCAGUAUAACAACCGUCUGGACACUCCACUGCCUGAUAGUCCAUUCGUCAGAAACCUCAAUGCUGAGCAGAAGAAACUCAAAGAGAAAGAGAAGGGACCAUGGACCCAACUUACCAAGGAGGAACAAUUAGCCUUGUACAGGCUCACACACGAAUUGUCAUAUGCAGAGAUGCAGAAAGGCUCUAAAGAAUGGAUGACCGUCCUUGGGGGCAUAUUAUUCUUUUUUGGCUUCACUGGGAUACUGGUGUGGUGGCAACGUGUCUAUGUGUACGGUGAUGUUCCCCACACUCUGUCUCAUGAGUGGGUUGAGAAGCAGACACAGAGGAUGAUAGACAUGAGAGUAAACCCAGUCCAUGGGUUUUCUAAUAAGUGGGACUAUGAAAAGAAACAGUGGAAAUAAAUGCAUUAUGCAGUAAUGACAGAUAAUGUAGCAUGUUUGCAUUAAUGAGGAGUCCCAAACUCAAUAAUGCUGUGCAACCUGCAGCCUUAAAAUAUACAUACAUAUAUGUGAACCCAAAUAAAUGCACUGAAUUAAAAUCA